GGGUUAGGGUUUUUAUAUCGAAGGGGUUAUGCAAAGAGAAUUAGAGAGCAGAGGAGAGAGUUGCUGCGUAGAGUUCCUCUUCAUCGUCUUUCUGCAUCUCAGCAAAGAUGGGUAUCUCUCGAGACUCCAUGCACAAACGUCGUGCCACUGGUGGCAAAAAGAAGGCCUGGAGGAAGAAGAGAAAGUAUGAACUCGGUCGUCAGCCUGCCAGCACUAAACUGUCGAGCAACAAGACUGUCAGGAGGAUCCGUGUUAGAGGUGGCAAUGUGAAGUGGAGGGCUCUCAGGUUGGAUACCGGCAAUUACUCAUGGGGAAGUGAGGCCGUCACCCGUAAGACACGUCUCCUUGAUGUGGUUUACAAUGCCUCAAACAAUGAACUUGUCCGGACACAGACCCUGGUGAAGAGUGCAAUUGUUCAGGUUGAUGCUGCCCCAUUCAAGCAAUGGUACCUUCAGCACUAUGGUGUUGACAUCGGUAGGAAGAAGAAGGCAACUGCCAAGAAGGAAACAACUGAGGAAGGAGAAGCUGCUGCAGAAGAAACAAAGAAGAGCAACCAUGUCCAGAGGAAGCUGGAGAAGCGUUUGCAGGAUCAUAAACUUGACUCCCACAUUGAAGAGCAAUUUGGCAGUGGGAGGUUGUUGGCUUGCAUCUCUUCCCGUCCUGGCCAAUGUGGUAGAUGUGAUGGGUACAUUUUGGAAGGAAAGGAGCUCGAGUUCUAUAUGAAGAAGAUCCAGAGGAAGAAAGGAAAGGGUGCUGGUGCCACUGCUUAACCAAAUCGUUUUUGCAAGUGUUUCAACUCUGCCCUAUUUUGGCAUUAGGUUUGUUCUGUUAUGUUGUUUUUCUUCCUUUAGGAGGAUUAUUUGCUUGUUGAACACAUUUGA